AUGGAGUUCAAUGGUAAUUUGAAUGCCGGUUCUUCCUCUAGACCAAAAAGGAGUCAUAGGCAGAAGCAGCAACAACCACAACCACAACCACAAAACCGUGACGAAGAAGUAAAGUACGUAGGAGUGAGACGGAGGCCAUGGGGAAGAUACGCAGCCGAAAUAAGAAACCCGACUACUAAAGAGAGGUAUUGGUUAGGUACUUUUGAUACGGCCGAGGAAGCUGCAUUGGCUUAUGAUAGAGCCGCACGGUCCAUAAGAGGCUUGACUGCUCGAACCAACUUUGUCUACUCCGAUAUGCCUCAUGGCUCCUCAGUAACUUCCUUAGUCUCUCCUGAUGAAUCCCAACGUUUCCUUUCCGAGUUAUUCAACCCUCCAAGCCAACAAGAAGCUCUUCACAACAAUAAUAGUAAUCUCUACUCUUCUACCAACAACCAAAACCAAAACUCUAUAGAAUUCUCAUACAGUGGGUGGCCUCAUGGGACUGGUCAAUGUGAUUAUCAAUCUAUACAAAGUAAUGAUGAGCAUUGUGAUCAUGAGCUUCCACCAUUUCCUCCAAGUACUUGUUUUGGAGCUGAGCUCAGGAUUCCAGAGACCGAUAGCUAUUGGAAUGCACUGCCCUUCGAGCUCGAUGGGUUUGGGGAUCAAAACAAUCUUGGUCAGAGUGGAACAGAAGUGUUUGAUUCUCCAUUCUUCUACCAUUAA